UGACAAUAAAUUAAUUUAGAUAGGACAUUCUCAUGAUUCUGUUAAAAAUAACUACCGGAAGACUUGGUAAAACAUAGACUCCAAUUUUUUAAAAGAUAAAUGAAUAACAAAAACCUCAUACUUGGAAUUUAAUUUAAUCACCCCUAUAAUUAAACAGGACUCGUGGCACAUGUCUCUAUUUUCCAUCAUAAUGCGAUGCGCGAUGUCCGACCACUAAAGCAUUUGUUUGACUCUGAUUUUCUUUAAAAAAUCAUAAAAGAAAAAUCCAGAUAGAAAUGGUUGUUGAAAUCGGUCGUUCAUGUAAGCGUUUGUAUGAUUCAGAGUGCAAGUUUAAGAAGAGCGAAUAGCGCAUCACCGUAUAAAACGGAUACGAUACGAUCAUAGUUUGUAAAUCCCAACUCGCUAAGAUUUUCGAGUGUCCACUAUUUUUACUCGCUAUUUUUCAAAUGUACUCGCAUUUUGCGAGUAUUUCUCGCUAAUUUCGAGCCCUGAUACAUGUAUUUCAAUCUUAGCUCUUUGAAGUGCGUGUAAAUGUUAACAUCAUUAUAAUUCAUUUACUAAAUGCAAAUGGUUAAUCCAAUGACAGAAUGUGUUUAAUACACCACCCAUCAAUAAAGUAAGCAUAUUGGUUACUUAUGUAAAGAUAGGAGAUAUGUGAUUCAGUUAUCCAGACGAUUUUGCUGGGAACCAAAGUGUCCGGAUUAACGAGGCUCCACUGUAUAUAACAAUCAUCAAUCCAUCAGAAACUUGUAAAACGAAAUCAGUACAUGCAUACCCUGUAUUGAUAUAAUUUGAAAUGCAUGUGUGUACGUUUAAUAGGGCUAUGAAUAAUUAAUGGGUUCAUGUAUAUUCAUGAGCCAAGUAUGACGGUCAGAUGGGUUUGACUUCCAAGCUAGAUAGCCCGGGCAUUUCGUAGAGCAACUGUCUAGAGAUUCAGGGAUGCAGGUUUGGUCUGUUGCAUUUUUCCCUUCUUGUUACAUUUGUUACCCUGACUGUUACCAGUCCCGGGAACUGACAGGUGAGAAUGCCUGUCAGAGAAUAAAGAUCCUGGGUUGAUGUCUAAAAUUCAAGCCGGUGGCGAGAUAGCUCAAUUUGGUAGAGCACACCUGACUAGACAUUCAGGGGUCUAACUCCUAGUAUGUUAGAUGGAACACAAAAGAAUGGACUAAAAAUGUUUGAAAAUAUUGAAAUCCAUGCUGAGGAGUUUGAAUCCAAAGAAAAAUGCCAAAAGACGAGGAAAAAAAUAAAAGCCGAUUCAAAAGACAAACUAACUUUUCCUCCCUGCAAAGUCUGCUCUGGAAUUGCUACAGGAAUUCAUUAUGGGAUCUACACAUGUGAACCAUGCAAGGCCUUCUUUAGAAGAGCUGUAACAGAUAAAAAUAAGUAUGCUUGUCUGAAGGACAACAACUGUUCUAUAACUGCACAAAAGAGAGGAAAUUGCUCGGCAUGUCGACUCCAAAAAUGCUUUGACCUGGGAAUGUCAAAGGGUGCGGUCAGACAGGGACGUUACACAAUUGAGCUGAGGACAAACACUAUUUUAGAAGUUAAGAGACUAGCCAAUAAGACAGCAAUAGAGGUAUCUAUUGACAACUGCAAAGAUAAAUCAAACAGGGAAACUUCUUCUGACUCUUCUACCAACUGUGGGUCAUGUGACAGUGAAACAAGCCAAUCAGACUCUGUGAAUUCAGUGUGCAACCAAUCACAUUCUGUCAGUGAAGAGACAGACUGUGCAGAAUUGGUUGAUUUGUCUCUGUCGCCCACCUCAUCUGAAUGCAUUAGGAACUCACCAGACUGUAAUCUCCCUCCAAAGAAGAAAGUUCGGCUCAGAGACUCGAUGGGUAUUGUUGAGAAAUGUAUGGUGACCCACGUGUCAUCAGAGAGAGUAGCCCAGGUCAGCUGUGACUCGACAAUAGAGUCUGAGACUGUGACUCUUUCAGAAAGACAAAUUCAGUGCUUUAUACAGACAUUAGUGAAAGCUCACGAUACAAUUUAUCCUAGCUUUAAGAAAUACUUUGAAAAGGAACAUCAAGAGUACCUAGGAGAAAAAUUUCUUGCUAGCAAAAAACUACAGGAAGAUGUGUUUGGAAUUAAAAGUCUGCUUGAUAAGGAUGAGUUUGAAAAGGUGUACCGUGCCACAGGGAUAGACGUGGAUGGUCGGCUGGAGUUUAUGAAAAAGAUGUAUGGUCAUAGAGAGAGGUCGCUGAUGAAAUUCAUCACUUUUGUCAAGUGUAUUGAUGGCUUUAAUGAUCUAAGCAUGAAUGACAAAAUCAACCUUUUCAAAUAUGGAGAGCACGAGUACUGGAUUCUCGGACAUUAUACACACUACCGCCCUGACUUACAGGCAACCAUAGGAAUUGAAAUUCAGAUGUCACUGGAUACAUCCGAAAAGAUAUUUGGACAAUGUCUAUCAAAAGAACUGUUGAAAAUGUUCUCCAUGUUAAAAGAUAUGGACUUGACAUAUCAAGAGGUCAUCAUCUUAAGGGGAAUUGUGUUGUUCUCAAGAGAUCGCUGUGCAUUUGAAGCUGCCGGUAUAGUGGAAUCAGUUCAGUGGAAGUUGAUCCAGUGCCUACAAUACCUUGUGGAGCUCUUACAUCCCGACCAACCAAGAAAAUUCUCUCAGUGCCUGCAACUUCUUGUGAACUUAAGAAACCUUAGUGAGCAACAUCACAAGAACAGAAAAGAGCCGUAUGAAGACUACGCUCUGGACAUUUUGAAGAGCUAUCCUCUUAUUUGUGAAGCACUAGGAGAAUCCAUGACAUCUCUAAAGACAUGACAACUGCUGUCAAUCUUUUUAUCUGCUUUAGGAUGUGAUGAGGAUUUAGUGUCAUCUCCAGUUUAUUUUUUUUUGUGUGUGUGGGAUACAUUGUAUUUAUAUCUAAAGCGGAAUUUGAAUAUCUGCAAAGUCAAUUGUUUUCUUAGAAAGAUAAAUCUCCAUGUGCACGAAACAUGACAAGUGUUAUAUAUAUAUAUAUAUAUAUAUAUAUAUAUAUAUAUAUAUAUAUAUAUAUAUUGAUAUAUAUAUAUAUAUAUAUAUAUAUAUAUAUAUAUAUAUAUAUUGAUAUAUAUAUAUAAUAUCUACUCAUAUAUAUAUAUUGAUAUAUAUAUAUAUAUAUAUAUAUAUAUAAAUAUAUAUAUUGCCUGAGCAUUUUAAAAAGGUUCAGGUGAGUUUUUCAUAUCUGCAAUUGUCUGAUGUCUUUUCGUUGUUAACUUUUCACAUUUUCAUUUUCUUCUUCAAAACCACUUGGCCAAUUUCAAUCAAACUUGGUACGACUCGUUCUUGGGUAACGGGGAUUUUAAUUUCUUUAAUUGAAGGGCCAUGCUCUCCUUCGAAGGGGAGAUAAUUAAGAAAAGGAAAAAAUAGGGUGGGCUCAUUUAAAAAACCUCUAGGCCAGAGUAGAUUGAAGUUUUUUCAAUUCAUGGUCCUUGGAUGUAGGUAGGGGCCACAAUAUUGGUAAUCAAAGUUUUGCAUGCAAAUAUAUAGGGAGAAUCUUUAAAAAUCUUCUCAAGAAGCACUGGGCCAGAAAAGUGGAAAUUUACAUGAGGCCAUGGGCCUCUUGUUUUGACUAUCCUUGCAGCUCUUGAUUUGAAAAUUUAUACAUGAACUUUUUUAAAUGGGUUACUUAGGGAUUUCUUGAUCUAUUUUUAAAAGAGUUAUGGACCUUAAACUUAGCAGAUAGUUUUCAAGACUUUUUGUGACUAUCCCUGCAGCUAUAGAUUUGAAAAAACAUACAUGUAUAUGAACAUAUAUAUAAAUGAUUUCUUGGGAUUUCUUGACCUAUUUUUAAAAGAGAUAUGGACCUUGAACUUGGCAAAGAGCAAGGUACAUUAAGGCCCAAAUUUCGCCACAAAAUUAGGAUAAAUUUAAAAUGUGGUUUCACUUGGUUUAAUCAUUGUGAUUAUGCACUAGGGCAUUGACCCUGAUGGUAUAUGUGGAAAUUAGUGACGUAAUAUGUUCUGUGACGUCAUUUUCCUUACCUCCGAUUGACAUGAUUUACCGAAAUCGCCGAAAUUAGCCGUUUUUAUGCCUUUGAAACCAUUUUUAAGAUCGAGCACAUGCAACAACCACAAAGAUGUUUUGUGUACAAAUCAAUCAUGUUGAAAGUCAGUAAUGAGCAAAAUUUCGACUUGGUUGGUAAAUGAGCAGACUAUUAAAUUUAACGUUUAACCAUUUCCCGCGUUCAUCUGUAAUACAAAUUUCAACGUUAAUGGUGUUCAUAUAUACAAGUUCAAUGAAUAAAUAAUAUGCAUAUGUACGGCAUAUUAAAUUUUAUAAAAGACUCUACGUAGUUUGCAUUGAAGAAGAUAGUGUGUAAUCAGAGAAUUAGAAUCUUCGACACAAAUAUUUCCGAUUCCAAUUUUACUCAUUUUAUGUUUGAUAUAAAUAUGCAAUGAUAUCAACGCAAUUAAUGUCACACAUGGCAAAGUUCAAUCACAUAUUCUUUUUAUCAUAGAUAGUUUAUGAUAUGAAUUAUCCCUCUAAAUUGGUGUGCAUAUACUGUGCCGGCUACAAUGCGUAUCUAAAUACAUGUCUAAAUAUGCCUUGCGAAUCAUAAUAUUCUAACCUACAGGUAGGCUAAUUAUAACUUAUUGGGUAUGUUGCAUGUGUAAUUUCAAUUGCUAUUCUAAUAUUGUAUUAAGCAAUAUGUCAGACACGUCUAAUGAUUGUCCAUCUGAAUAAAAAACCCACUCAUGAUACAUAAUAUGUAUGUUAUUAAGUAAGACUUUUAUUAUGGCUUUGAUCUGGCUUUUUAAAAAAAAUGCUCGUCUGCAACCGAAUGCAAUCUUUGUUUAUAAAAUAAAAAGUUUAAUAAUAUCGAAAAUGAAAAUGUGAUAGCUUAAUCGGUACCUUCAUACAAUGUAUCAGAGUAUGAUAGUGUGAUAGUUCGAAUGCAAAAUUCGGUUAUAUUUUCCCCUUAAAAUUGAAUUAGUAGCAAGUCAAACACAGGCUUUAAAUAUAUACACUUGAAAAUCAAUUCAUUACAAUAUAUUGUUCAUUAUUUACAUGCUGCAGUACCUGUAGUUUUAUGACAUGCAUGUUUCCUACAAAACAAUUCCAACUUCAUCGAUCUGUCGUUUAUAUUUCAAAAUUGUCGAACUCAUUUAGGAGAAGUUACUCCAUGAUAUAUAUGGUAAUGAAAUAUUUGCAUCUACCCUGCUAUAAGAGUGAUUGUUGGUAGUUGAUAGAUGAACGAUGUGGUAUCUAGAUAUCUAAAUUAUUAUUCAUUUGUAAGCUAAAAGAUAUAGUAUAUGCUUGUAUUGUGUGUUCCAAGAAGACAAAACCCGGUGAACCCCGAUCAUUACAUGUAGAAAAUAGAUUAAAAAAAACAUUUCUUAAGAAAACAUUUUAGUAGAAACAAACGACUAUGACUGCAUUUGCAAUCAAUGUCAACAGAUCUACAACUCUAAUAGUUUCAUGCUUAAAUUUUUGCAAGCAUUCAGUACUACCAUAAGGGGGGGGGGGGGGGAUGUAAAUCAAAAUUCGCCUGUAAAAUUUAUGGAAAAACUACAUUCUCAAAACAAAAGAAUGUGUGGGCCAAAUUCCCCUGUUGCUAAGUCGCUGUAAUAAUUAUAUGCUUAUAGAAUCACCUUACAUUUGUCGAUAACUGACGCACGUGUUCUGUGACAUAGUCUUAUUUAAAAAUACAUGAUAGCUAGUCAUUGGUUACUAUUUUCAUCGUGGAAAUAGUGUUGAAGUAUUAGAACACGACAUUCGGUCACAUUGUCGUGUGUUGAAUUUUUUAAAAAAAAAAUUUCAAGUUCGUUUUAUAUUUCUUUUCACAUAUAUUCUUAAUGAAUUUCAUGUUCUUUUUACUACAUGUACAAUCCAAUGUAGCAUUGGUUAGUGUGUGUUCCUUCGCUGAAAACAUUUAGUGCGCUUGAAAAAAAGAACAAAGUGUACAUAUACACACACGAAUAACUUAAGGUAACCACGCACUACAUACAUAUAUGAUAUUCAAUUAAUUUAGAUUAAAACAAUGCAAAUUGGAUGCAAAUGUAAAUGCAAUGUUAAAAUUGAAUGAAUAUAUAUGGGUUGCUCUACAAUUCUUAGAUACAAUUACAGCAAUCGUCCUUCAAGUCACAGCAUCCGCCGCAUCGAAUCAUCUACAAUUGAUUAAAACUUUCGGUAAAAAUCAAUUAAACUUUUCAAAUAAAAAUUAUAGUGCACAUUUGUUUAAUAAAACUUUGAGCAUAUGGCGACAUAAAUUGGAUUAUUUUCAUAUUGAGUUCAUGACAUAGCUUUUUUGUUCAUGACGUCGCAUAAAGUAACGUCAAAAUGGCACAACGUUAUCGUAAACUGCUGUAUUUACACAUGUAUUAUGCACAAGUAAAGCUUUUUACGAAGACAUCAUAACCAUUUUAUGGAAGUAUACACCAUAUGAAAGAAUUUUGAGGAAUAUCAUAUAAUUUGGGGGCGGGGCCAAAUUUGGUUGCAAACGUACCUUGUCCUUUCAGGGAUUUGACAGUUUUCCAGACUUUUUUGGUUAUCCCUACAGCUACUGAUUUGAAAAUUUAUACAUGAACUUAUAUCAAUGUUAAGGUUAGAUUGUUGACCUCUUUUUAAAGAGCUGUGGACCUUGAACUUAGCAAAUUUCGUAUAUUUGACAAUUUUCCAGACUCUUUUGGACUGAUUAUAAUCCCUGUAUCUGUAUACACAAUAACUUAUUUGAAUGGGUUACAGAUCAAGGUUUAUUUUGAGCUUUGAUUUGUUGACCAUUUUAGAGAAAAUUAUGAACCUUGAUGCCACAAAGCAGGGCCCUGUUGUGAUGCUUGCCAUCACAAUGGUAUCUAGUAUUAUCAUUGUUUGGAAAAAUAAGAAGAGUUUAGAGGUUAAAAACAUGAGUUACUUUUCUUUAUCUAUGUCUUACAAUGCAUGUUCAAGUCAUCCUUUACACUUCAUUGUAGAACAUCAGUGAUUACUGCAGUAACAAUUACCUGUACAGAGGUGUUCCUAGGUUUGCUGUGAAAACAGCUAAAUUAACAAAGGUUUCAAAUUAAUACAUAAAACAAGAGAGUUAAUCAAAUUCUUUAAUAAACCCCUCCCCCAUUUCUUUAAGAGAAAUAAUACCUUUUAAGCAUUAUUUUGACAUUAUUAGCGAGAGUGAUGAGGUCGCUAAAAUUUAUUAUCGCUUUAUUCCAUAUCAGAGGUAACACAGUGUAGCUACCUUUCCUGGAAGAUUAAAGUGGCUAAAAUUAGCGCUGUCUAUAUAUAUACAUACAUCCAUAAAUAGUGGCCGAAUGGUUAGAGCAUCACGCUCAAAAUCACACGGCCUCUCACCUCUGGUCGGCGCGGGUUCGAAUCCCGCUUACGCCGGUAAGUGAGAAAGUUUCCCAGUUUACUUUCGGAAGGUCGGUGGUCUCUUCUCAGGUACAUUGUAUCUGGGUUUAUUCUUCCACCAAUAAAAACUGGGCGCCACCAGAUAACUUAAAAAUUGUUGAUGUUGAGUGUGAUGGAAAACAACAACAUACAUACAUACAUAUAUAUAUAUAGAUAGAUAAUAUCUAUAUACCCAUUUUUAUAGAAAAAUCGCAUCAUUUGUGUCUCGCUAAGAAUUCCACUUAUAAGGUAUAAUAGCAAAAAAGACCUCAAAAUAUUCCUUUUUCACUUCAGUUCUGGAGUGUUUAGAGCGGACCUUGAUGACACAUUACAGUGUAUAUUUUAGAGCGGACCUUGAUGACACAUUACAGUGUAUAUUUUAGAGCGGACCUUGAUGACACAUUACAGUGUAUAUUUUAGAGCGGACCUUGAUGGCACAUUACAGUGUAUAUUUUAGAGCGGACCUUGAUGACACAGUACAGUGUAUAUUUUAAAGGAAGAGGGAUGUGGAUUAGACCAUUUUCAAAGUUGAUUGAGAUUUAUUUUGACUACUUCCUAAUACUAUAUAUAUUUUAUAUGAAAACAUUCAUUGUGUAAAACCAUUAUAAUAUUACUAAUAAACACUUCAUCACUUGUAAUUGCAUACAAAUUAAUAUUUCUCGAAUUGUCUCACGAUGGGUCUACACGAGCCCAUCAUUAAGAUGUAAAUUUGGAUAUUUCAGUUCAUUGAAUAAAGAAUUAUAAAUCAAAUGUAAAAUAAAAUGCACUGAGGAAUGAAUGACUAAUAAUAUUUGAGGAAGGGGAUUCCUGAUCACAAACCAUUUUACAUGGUCAGUUCAUGCUUUAACAGUGUGUUGAUCCAGUAGUACAAAGAUGCACUAAAUGGUCAUGGUGUUCUGAAACCAUUAUAAAUGCAUAAUAAUUUGAAAUUUAAAAAUUCUGGAAAGAGUGGUUUUGGUACAGUACAUAUCCAUUAUGCUGCACAUAAAUGCCAAUCAUCACACCACACCACCCACCCACCCCCACCCACCCGGAAAAAAACCCAACUAACUAUGGAUAUGAGCAUUGGCAGCUAGCUAUCGCACUGAUAGUUCCUCAGAUUUGUGAACCCUAAGAUCACCUGUAUCAUCAAUGAUAGUUUUGAAUGUGUUAAUUGAGGACUCGUUUGAUGUUUUUCCUGCCCAUUUCACAUUUGUGUCAUUUUGUUCUUGUUCUCCAUUAAAAAUUUAGAAAUCCAUUCCAUUGACAAUGGAACACACUUGUUUUACAAUCCAGUUUUGUCAUUUUAUUGAAUCUUUUCUUACUAAAUGCCAAGAGAAUAACUCUAUUGUACAUGUAUAUGAUUGCAUUUUUGUUUGUACCUGUAAAUUUUGAUAAUAAUGAUAACAAAUAAUAACUCUUUUUUUAAUUGUUGAUAGUCUCAUGAUUACUGUUUACAUUCCAAACAUUUUGAUUUGUAUUUAAAUAUUGGUAAUAGAAACCAGUGUAAAUGAAGAUUGCAUCACAUACAAUAUCCAUGUGUAGAUUUAUUGACCUAUGGUUCACAUGAGUUUGUGUCAUACAUGAUUAUAGACAUGUGACAUAAUUAAAGCCCAGUCAUAUGACUACAAGGAUGUAUUUUUUAAGGUCACAUAUAUUCUUAUCAUAAUGAUUAUCUGUCCGGUAUAUACACUUCUAAGUGUCAUCUGUCUGUCUGUAAACAUUUCACAUUUUAAACUUCUCAAGAAUCACUUGACUGGCAAUUUUAACCGAACUCUGACAAAAACAUCCUUGGGUAAAGAAAUUUUAUGUGUAAACUUUUCACAUUUUCAACUUCUCAAAAAUCACUUGACCAAUUUUAACCAAACUCUGACAAAAACAUCCUUGGGUAUUUUUGUGUUUGACUAAAGGCCAUAUCCUUACCCAAGGGAAAUAAUUAAGGAAAAGGAUGGUAUACCAUUAGACCAAAAAAGCCAAAAUUUGCAUGAAAACUUCCUUGUAUUUAUAAGCAAGUGAAAACAAUGAAUCUAGACAGUUUUGGGCAACAGGAAUAUAAGCUUUUAAAACUAUUUACCAUGCAGUUUACAUUUUGUCAAAUUUGCAAGCAUCCUUAUGAAGUAUUUAUUCCAUGAUCAGUGGACAAUGGCUUCUGAUAUGCAACUCUUCCUUGGUUUGAUUUACUAUUAAAUUCUGGCAUUAUUCGUAGAGAUUUGAUUGACGGCAUUGCUGAUGUCAUCUGCAGUUAUUAUUUUCUGAAUGCUUCUGGACUACACGUUUCCUGCAACUAAAAAGCUAUGUAAACAAUGUUCAGAACACUAAAUUGCUAAUCAAACAUCAAAAUGGGAAUUACGCACUUGUAUUAAUUUUCCACUUGCAGCCUUGUAUAACACAUAUCUGUAUGAAUGGAUUGAUCAUUGUGUUCAGAAUUGCUUCUAUCUGUGUGCACUCAAUGCUCUUCAAAUUAUCUGUAUAAAUCCUGUGCUUGAUUUUGCAAAAUUGUGAUGUACAGUAAUGUAAAUGCUUUUGCAUUCAAAUUUGACUAAAUCAUAAGUUGCUAAAACAAUGAAAUAGUAUGAUAGGACACAAAGGGUUGGGUAAGGAGAACAGGUAGCAUAGAUUUUUUCCAUUGUCACAAACCACACCUAUUGUCUCUGUUUGCACUACAUCAUAGCAGUGGUCAUAUGAUUAAGAAAACACUCGACUUCAUGAAUAUUUAUGUUUAUAUAUCAACCAAUCUGGGGGCUAUUACUUGACUUGUUUCUAAAAGAGUGAUCUGUAAGCUUUUUUGUCUGUUAUUAUUCGUAAACAAAUGCUACACAUUUUAUCUGUGGGUGCAGCAAUUAAAAUAUCAAAAUCUGUUAUCGUGACUGUGAUUGGUCAAGAACAGAUUGUAUAAUUUCAUAAAUAUUCACAAAAAUCAAGGGUUUUUGUUCCUAUCUUGAGUUCAUAACCUCAUGGCAGAGUGAUGAUGACUAGUAAUUGCCCAGGUGAGCUAUGUUGCACUUGGACCUCUUGUUAUGACAAUAAAACAUUUUGAAGUAG